CCCGGGCACCAGGUGCAGGAACCCAGCCUGCAGGGGGAGGGUGCUCUCUGCCCCCCUCACUCACCACUCCCACCCAGCUGUGCUGGAGGCCGCCUGGGCGCCCACGAGGGAAGGGCAGCGCCCCAGCUGCGCCAACGGGGCUUACCUCCCUCACCCCUCCCUGAACCAGCUACAAACGACCAGGGGGCAGUUCCCUUCCUGGGGCAGGUGGGGGGCCCGAGAAGUUGGGAAGGCGGGGAAGGAGGGGCGUGCCCUGGGAGAGAGAGGUGCCUGGAGAGAACCGCUGUCCCCUCCCCGGCCCCCGGGGGCCGGGCGGGAGCGGCACUCGGGCGGGGCGGGGCGGGGCCGAGGCCCGGGCCGCCCCCGCCCCCGCCCCGCCCCCGCCGCCGGGCGCGCAGCGCCGUCGCCCGCUGAGCCGAGGCGCGGAGCCCGGGAGGGCGCGGGCGCGGCGGGCGGUGUGCGCGGAGAGCGCGCGGGAGGCGAGCGCAGGCGAGGGAGUGAGCGCGCCCGGGCGGCCGUGCGUGCGCUCCGCUCGGCGCCACAGGCUCUCCGCGCGCCCGGGACCCGCGGGGUCCGGAGGUCGGGGGAGGAAGCCCGGGCCGGCGGGGAGCGGGAGGGCGGCCCGGCCCCCCGCCCCCCUGCGGCCGGCGCGCCUCGGGCGCUCCGGGUGGCGCUUCCGGCUGGACGGCGCGCCCGCUCUCGGUCUCGCGCCCACCCCGCCGGCUUCCUCCGCUCGGUCCCCGCCGGCGCCGCGCCCACCAUGCGCCUCAACGGCUCGGCGCCGGGUCCGCGGGGCGCGCCGGGCGCCAAGCCCUUCCCGCUGCCACCCUCGGGGCUGGAGGCGGCGCUCCUGGUCCCCGGCUUCGGUAACGGCUCGGGCAACGAGUCCGAGCGCCUCCGAGCGGCGCCCAGCAGCGACCUGGAUGUGAACACGGACAUCUACUCCAAGGUGCUGGUGACCGCCGUGUACCUGGCGCUCUUCGCGGUGGGCACCGUGGGCAACUCGGUGACGGCGUUCACGCUGGCGCGCAAGAAGUCGCUCCAGAGCCUGCAGAGCACGGUGCAUUACCACCUGGGCAGCCUGGCGCUCUCCGACCUGCUCAUUCUGAUGCUGGCCAUGCCCGUGGAGCUGUACAACUUCAUCUGGGUGCACCACCCCUGGGCCUUCGGCGACGCCGGCUGCCGCGGCUACUACUUCCUGCGCGAUGCCUGCACCUACGCCACCGCCCUCAACGUGGCCAGCCUCAGCGUGGAGCGCUACCUGGCCAUCUGCCACCCCUUCAAGGCCAAGACCCUCAUGUCUCGCAGCCGCACCAAGAAGUUCAUCAGUGCCAUCUGGCUGGCCUCGGGCCUGCUGGCCCUGCCCAUGCCCUUCACCAUGGGCCAGCAGAACCGCAGCGCCGACGGCCAUCACCCCGGCGGCCUCGUGUGCACCCCCAUAGUGGGCACCGCCACGAUCAAGGUCGUCAUCCAGGUUAACACCUUCAUGUCCUUCGUGUUCCCCAUGGUGGUCAUCUCCGUCCUGAACACCAUCAUCGCCAACAAGCUGACCAUCAUGGUCAGCCAGGCAUCUGAGCAAGGCCAGGUGUGCGCAGUUGGGGACCAACACAGCUCAUUCAACAUGUCCAUCGAGCCUGGCAGGGUCCAGGCCCUGCGGCACGGCGUUCGGGUCUUACGGGCAGUGGUCAUCGCCUUCGUGGUCUGCUGGCUGCCCUACCACGUCCGGCGUCUCAUGUUCUGCUACGUUUCAGACACGCAGUGGACCCCGUUCCUCUACGACCUUUACCACUAUUUCUACAUGCUGACCAACGCCCUCUUCUACAUCAGCUCCGCCAUCAACCCCAUCCUGUACAACCUGGUCUCCGCCAACUUCCGCCAGGCCUUCCUGUCCACCCUGGCCUGCCUCUGUCCCCUGUGGGGGCGCAGGAGGAAGAGGCCAGCCUUCUCCAGGAGGACCAACAGCGUGUCCAGCAACCACACGUUCUCCAGCAACGUCACCCGGGAAACGCUGUACUAGGCGGGUGGGGCCCCGCCGCUCGGCAGCCCCCCCCCCCACCCCACCCCUGGGGCGGCGGAGGGGUCCGCCGAGGCCCGGGGCCCCACUUCGUUCAGCUUCUCCCUCAGCCCGCCCCACCCCUCCCUCCUCUCCUCUUUGAACGCCACGGAGAGAUUGUUCCUCUCCCGGAUCCAGAAAGGGCCUGUAACGAGGACAAAUUAGUGCUGGGUGAAAGGCAGACUUCUUUGUUCCCAGACGGCUGUGUGUUGAGGGUGGACAGAAAUGAAAGGCACGGGUCGGGCCAGGCGGGCGUUGG